AUGCGUCCCCACUUCACUGUUGCGCUGCUUGCUGUGUCCUUGGUCGCUACAAUGGACAAGGCUGAACGACUUCGCCGACCUAGCUCACCACCUAAUCGGAAGAGCGGAGACGACUCUGCUCAAGGUCAUGUACGAGGGGCUCUCACCACUGAUGAAGAAAGAGGGGCUAAUACGUUGUUUCUGAAUGCGGCCGCAAGUCAAGUAUCUCAUCUAAGAGAACGUGGGCAACUUGUUGCGUGGUUUCAGCCGCAGGAAGCUGUCAAAGGGACGAUGGGCGAUCAGGAGCUCCUUCGUUUCUGGGAGAACUAUCUGAACCUCGUCAAGCCGGACAAUUUUCGUGGCAUACAAGAACUGGUGGAGGUUGAUGGCCUGUUGGGCUUUGCAUCGACAAUCGCCCGGUUGAAGCGUGGUUCCGAGAGUGUGAAAGCUAUUGCUUCUCGAAUGGAGAAAAGGCUGUUUUACAUGUGGCUAUGUCAAGGAACGACACCUGAGUUGCUGUCCAAUGAACUCAAGCUUGACAUCGACGAUGUUUUGCUUAACACACCAGCCUUUGCAAUGUUGAAAAGCUACGAGAAAUUCCUUGCUAUCAGUGACCUUCAGGAGAUCCAGGCGGCGAAUCUAUUGACGUACAAGCGGCCAGUCAGUGACGAGUUAAACGACCUGAGACUCCCAAGUGAUGCCGACAACGACCUACGACUCCUCAGUGAGCGCGAGCACGAUUUCGACAACAACCCGAGAAAGCGAGAGCGUGAGUCCGACGACGACUUACGAAUCCUGAGUGAGCACGAGCAUGAGUCCGACAACAACCCGAGAAAGCGAGGGCGUGGGUUUGACGUCAACCCGAGCAAGCGAAUGCGUGGGUUUGAUGAAAACCCAAGCAAGCGAAUGCGUGAGUCUGAUGACAACCUGAGCAAGCGAAUGCGUGAGUCUGAUGACAACCUGAGCAAGCGAAUGCGCGGUUUGAUCGUGUAG